UGUGAUUCGGGCCUGAACAGAGGGGCGUUCCCGAGACGGUGAGGAGAAGCCGCGGGGCUGCGUUUGAGUAGAAGCUCCAUAGGGACUGCGAUUGGGCGGCUGGAUAAGCGGGGCUUUACCCCGGGCGGGGUUUGAUUGAGUGAUCCAGGGCCAUGGCAGUGUCUAAUUACGAAUGGUCCCAGAAGGGAGCAGCAUUUCAUGCCAAUCCAGCACGUUUUCUUGCAAGUACAACAACUGAGAACUUCGUAUGUGAUCUUCUGAGGAUCCUGACAGAUGAAAAGACCGGUGAAAACAUAAAGGUGCAGAUUCUAGGGAUUAUUCAGGAGUUUCCAACAUGGCUGUUCACCAACUCUCAGGCAGCAGAACAGGCAGCAGAGUCAAUCUUCAGCAUCUACUCGCAGCUGCCCUUUGUACCCAAGUCAGUAAAUCUGAAAUGUCAUCUGCUACUUUCAGUGACCACCAUAGUAAUAGCCACUGAUCGUCUGAUCGGCAAUGAGAAAAUAUUGAACAACUUGAUGAGACAACUGCUUGAUGCAGUGCGUGAUACCAACGAUCGCAAAUAUGGUGGGAAUUUUAGGCCUCUCCGGGCUGUAGCUUGCGACUGUCUCCGAGAGUUUGAAACAUGCUACCCAGGACUCCUGUCGAGAAAACUGGAACUUCUACGUACCCUCCAGCAAAAGGAGGUCACUCCUCUGCACCAGGCCUACACGUUGCUGUACAGCCAAGUGUUGAAAAAUGCAAUUCGCAUGCUCUCUCAGUCAAGCAAUGUGUCAGAUAGUGCCAUCCGUGAGAUGUUGACAAGGAACGAGGAGAUCAAAUGGAAGUUAAUGGCAAAACAGCAGGAUUUAUCGGCUGUCACCAUAACAACCGACCUUUCUUCACUCCCAUCUACCGUCGAAACAAAGGAGUUGAAGUCUUCUGUGACAUUGCUGCUGGAGGAGUCCUUCUUUCUUACUCCAGUAUCUCAAGCUGCUUUGCUUCGCGAGUUGAUCCAGGUGGUCCUUAUGGUACGCUCGCUUCCUCCGGCCAUUUUCAGAUCUCAGUUACUGCGUCUGUUUGGGACAAUGGAUAUAUCCUUGCUGCACACCAUGCUGCACAUGAAGGCAACCUUCACUGAUAGUCUUUUCACGGUUGAGGAUGAGAACUUUCUUUUGAAGCGUCUUGUCUGCAUGGCCCAUUACCCACUGCUCAGCAAUCCCCUCAAACUUUUCUACAUGGACUGCCUACUUCACUUCCCUGAAAACCGCCCCAUUAACUCUAACCUGGAAGAGAGUCUUCCAGUUUUGUUCACCCCGAAGAUGGCGUCUUGCCUUUUCCCCACACUAUUUAAUGACAGCAGUACAAUGCUGUCUCGUCUCAACCUGGUGAGUCUCGUGUGCCUCGAGAACGCUGAGGAGGAAAGAGGGCUUGCUGAGAUCUUUGACUAUCUCGUGUCUUUAUACAAACUGGUGAAUGUCAAUGGAAGCCGAGAACGUACCGUGAGAUUUUUCCGUGCUGUGUAUAUAUUUGUGAGUUACUUCCAUGCCAAUGAAAUGUAUAUGGCAGAGUUGACCCAGUAUAUGGUCAAACUGUACCAGAGGCAUUGCACCUUAGCUCCAUACAUGAUUAAUCUCAUUAAUAGCACCCAAAACCUUUUAGAAGACUCAAAAUGGCCCGUUUCACUAGCAGAGGCUUUGCGGAAGCUGAUCGUUGAGCUUCCAUCAAAGCAGUUGUCCCCUCAAAAACUCAUGUGGCACCUCAAGGUGCUCGCAAGAGUGGCCAAAGAAGCUACGAUAUUGCAGAAGGCGACAAUUCAGUUUUUGAUGCACAUCGUUCGAGCUACUGACUUGUGUGGGUUGGGUGACUGGCGAAUGGGUAAUGCACUCCUGUCCGUAUGCCAGAGCGUUCUGCAUUACCAGAACCUGGAACCCAUUUUCAGCGACCUUGCGGAUCUCCUGCAGCACGUCCACCUCCAGUUCCAAGAUAUUGACAUUCGGGAUCAUGCUCAUUUCUAUUACGCACUGCUCACCUGCCUCUCCCAUGAGAAGCUAGCUGGAAUUGUAGCAGUGGGGACAGGAAACUGUAGUCGGGCAAAGGCGCGAUCACUCUCGUCCCUAAUGUCUGAGAGUGCAGGUCACUCGAUCUCCGUUCUUCCAAUCAAGCAUCCGAUACUAAAGCUCAUUCCUAUUCCAGAGGAAAAUUCUCCCAACCUCAAUCCUACUGGAGACACCAGCGAAAAGGAUUUUGAAGAAGACUACUUGGAGAAAUACUUGGAUCAGUUCCAUAAUGCUGGAUUUGCUUCUACAAUUGUGAUGAAAUUCCAUUUGACUUUUGCAGAGAAAGUUGAUCCUGAGAAUCACAGUGUCUACACCAUACACUUACACUUUGACCUGAGGAACACUCAUUAUGAGCCACUGAGUGAUCUCUAUGUACCAUGCCUCUUCUUCAAUGGAGAGCCUUAUGUUUUCACUCUGCCCUUCAAGCCCCGUCUACCUUUCCCCACCACUUUAUACACGCACGCCAUCUUUACCAGGGAGGAUGGCAGCACGUGUUGCACUCAGCUCGAGCCCGUCGAUGUUGGUUUCUCCCGUUUGUUCCUGACCCUUCCUGUUCCAACAUAUUGGCCAUCGAAAAUCAAGGCCAGCCUCUUUAACCAAUUGUGGACAUCCUUGGUGCAGACUGAAUCCAGCCAGUCUGUUCUUAGUCGCUUCUGCUUUAAGACAGCUCAAAGACCUCUGAGUGAACUCGUAAACUUGCAUUUUCAAAAAUAUGUAGUUUCACAGCAAUCUGACCCAGAGUCUUACAAAAUCCUCCUGUUUCUGCCCCCUCAAAUCAAUAUUUUGUUCAGUGUGGAGCAGUUGGACAAUAUGGUGAAGGUUGACAUUGUUACUGAUAACUGGAAGCUUUUACCAUUCAUUAAUUCUUACCUAAUUGACAUAACAUCUGAGAAAUAGGACCCAUGGCUGCUGCAAAGCUGGCCGUCUGAUCCACAGUGCAGCCAGGGAAUCUGAUAAACUAUUUCUUUUUAGUGCCAUUUUGAAUACAAACUUCCCUAUUCAAAGUACAAAAUUGUCUUUCUUCUGGGAUGUCUGCCACAAGUCAUUGUGAGUGCAGCAUUUUGAGACACUUAUGCAGGACGAAGGCAAUUCUGUUUUGCUUCAUACAGGUGAACAUGCUUAAAGAUCUAGAACUAAAGAGAACAAGUCUAAAUACAGGGAACCUCGAUGCUUAGACCAGAAUAUUCCUAGUUCAAUGCCCUGUCUGGGCUGAGUUAAUCCAUCUAAACUUGGGCCAUUCUAGAAGUGUUAUAAGAAGCAGCCUUAGCCUAAGUAAUGUCAAAUUGACCAUGUUUCUGCUUGGUUAUCCCUAUGCAGUGUCACCCACCUGAAGAUUUAGAGAUAUAAACACAGGACAGGAUCCUGGUUGGCAGUGAUGCCUUUCACAGUUGGAUAGUCUGCUGGUGCUUCCUGUCCCAAUCUACACAUGAAAUAGCACCAGUUGGGUAAAGUACAGAAGGGCAUUGGUGCCUGUGGGAGUGACCAAUAGGAAGGAGGUGAUACCUUCAGGACAGGAGGGAGCAACUGGGAUGGGGAAAAUAAGUUGCUGAAAUGAGUUGAUCAGUGUUUGAUUGUCAACGUUUGCAGUUUUCUUUUUUAAUUCACCUGAUUUGAUUGGGCGUACAUGUGGGAAACAAAUUAUUUUUAUAACUGGCUCAGUAUUUCCCUGAUGUCCGAACAGUUGUAUUUUCUUCGACCUUUCGUCCCAUUUCUGUAUCGUGUUCUGAUGGGAGACAAAUGCUGUUCUGAGAAGGUGGCGGUAAAACAUAUAUAAACCAAGAGUUCAGAGUGCACAAAA